ACCAUGCGUGCCGUUUCGUGAGUCAGUGUUGGGAUGUUCAUCCCGACGAUUGCAAGGUAUGCAUAGGUGACUGGAUCGUCGGCGUGGUGCGCUCUCGCUACAUAGCGGUCAAGUGAUCCGAUCAAAAACAAACGCCACUUGUUCGUCUUUGGCGAUUGGUUCAGGUGUUGAAAGUUUAGUGACUUGUUUUCGUGGCGCGUAUAUGGACUUUUUUUUUUAUUACUUUUGAACAAAUAAAACAAAAGUAACGCGAGAAACUUUGGUGGUGGGCAGUGACCGUGUGAUUAUGAUCAUGAUGAUCGAAAACCGAAAUACGUUUCGGAUUGCGUGAGUGGUUCGAUUUUUACGGUGUCACGCAAUAUUCGAAUAGAAUUUCUUAAAGAAACGAACGCACACUAAAACAACUCCACUGACACGUAUCAAGGUACUUCGUAAUGAGGAAACAUCGAAUCCAACCGUCAGAGAACAAAAAACUAAAACAGCUUAUGUCACGAAAGGCAAAAACCAAAGCCGAACUUUGAAAAGUGUAGCAAAUCCAAAUUAGGCAUAAGAACUUAAUAAAGGACUGUGUUCUAUAUUUGGGAUGUUGUAGUGAAAUCUUUAUGGUGAUCAGUUUUAUGAGAAUCAUAAUAGACCAAGGACGUUACAAGUGAUUUUGAGUGAUUAUUGUAUAAUGAUAAUGUUUUUACGGUUGUUGAGGUGAUCAUAGGGGUGAGCCCUUUGCAAUCACGGAGUUCUUAACGAAGACACCCGCUCUCCCCGACUUGGAGGAUCGUAUCCGUAUGCAGCCUACGGCCACGGCUUCCAUACCGCCCCCUGCGGAUAUGGACUUACAGGCGAUGCAGUCUAUGGAUUGGCUCUUCAAGAAAGAAAGAAUAUAUUUGUUGGCGCAAUUUUGGCAGCAGCGGGCGACUCUAGCCGAAAAAGAAGUUACCACCUUAAAAGAACAAUUGGCUACCAACUCUGGACACCAAGAAUCAAAAGAGGGCAUUAAAAUGGAAAAACCUAAUUUCGAAAAUGAACUUGCAGCCAAAGAAAAAGAGAUUACUCAGCUUUUGGAGGAAGUCCAACGGUUACGACUCAGCAUAACGAAACUACAGGAGUCGUCCGUGUCACAAGUUUCGAGAUUAGAAGAAGAACUGGAACAGAAACGCCAACACAUCGCACGCUUAGAGGCCAAACUCGACACGCAAAGAGACUACGACGAAAUCAAAAGGGAAAACAGUUUAUUAAAAUCAGUCUCGUUCAACGCCAGCCAUCCCAGUAGCAAAACAGUUGAUGAGCUGAUCGAUAGAUCGAAGAAUUUACCUCAACAAUCUGAAAAUUUGGAUGAAAGUCCUGUUCAAGAAAUCGAAGGAGACGACAUUGCUCCAUCAUCAACACCACAUCACUCAACCACCUCACCACCCACCACUUCCGCGACACCGCCUUCGUCCUUGGCCCUUCCUCCUCUAUUUCACAACGUCGAAACUUUCGGAUCAAUCCUUGGAGAAGAGAUCGCCGCUACUUGGCGACGAAAUAUCGAAAAUAUAACACUCAACAAUCGAAUAAUUCCGUCAUCACCGUCCACAGAUGCACCACCAUCGAAAGCCGUGACUCCCGUGGCCGCGGAUUCGACGGAAAAGAGUGCCGCAUCCACCCCACAGCCGGCGGAAGCGGCAUUGGGCCCCCGAUCGAGCCCUGUGGAACCCCUUCUCAACGGCAGUCCGAAAAGCCCUGAGGAUAACAACAACCAGCAUGUCAGCAACAACAACCUGCCCCUUGCUGCCACCAUGUGCGCGGUUAACAACUUUCUCCGAUCCGAUGACAGUCUGAAGAGUCCGUACAGGUUCGACGAUCACAGAUCGCCGUACAGGUUCUCGGACGAUUUGGGAAUGGCACCGGGAACGAUGGUGGGACGACUGGGAGAGAGCCUGAUACCUAAAGGCGAUCCCAUGGAAGCCCGACUGCAGGAGAUGCUGAGGUACAAUAUGGACAAGUAUGCCUCCCAGAAUUUAGACACACUGAACAUUUCGAGGCGAGUGAGAGAACUUCUGUCCAUAAACAAUAUCGGCCAAAGACUGUUUGCGAAAUAUGUUCUCGGAUUAUCCCAGGGGACCGUUUCGGAGCUGUUAUCGAAACCCAAACCGUGGGACAAACUGACUGAGAAAGGACGGGAUAGCUAUAGAAAAAUGCACGCCUGGGCUGUCGACGAAAACGCCAUCAUGCUGUUGAAGUCUCUGAUACCAAAGAAAGACAAUUUUUCCUCAGGCAAAGAUACGGGGAUUCCAACAUUCGGUCGUCCAGAAGGUGAUUUCUCCGAAGAGAGAAUAGCACAUAUCCUGAACGAGGCGUCUCAUCUCCAGAUGAAACCCGAAGACUCUCAUAGCAACGAAGAUUCAAAAUCGCCCCACGCACAGUGUUCAAGCCCGUUUUCCAAAGAUUCAUCGCAGAAUAGAAAAUUGAAGAAGUACGAAAACGACGACAUACCUCAAGAAAAGGUCGUUAGGAUCUAUCAAGAAGAACUUGCAAAGCUCAUGGGACGAAGGAUCGAAGACCUGCGAAGGGAUCCAUUUCCUAGUAUGUUUUUCCCUCACAUGUUCAGCGGCGGUCCCAUGGACCGUACCCAAGACGAAAUUCGAAUGGCCUUGGACGCUUAUCAUCGUGAAUUAGCAAAAUUGAACCCUUGCCAGAACCCCGCCCAAAUGCCCAAUUUAGGAUUACUUGCUCUUCAGCAACAAGCACUUGCCCAACAUCAGCACCAGCAACAACAGCAGCAACAGCAACAACAACAACAACAUCAUCCGCAGCCACAACAUCUUCAUCACCAACCACCAAGUCAACAGCAAUCCUUAAACGGUGGAGUUCAAGAUCUCUCUCUUCCAAAGGACAAACCAAAAAUGGUGAACGGUAUCGACGAGAAGAGUGCGAAAGAUCAAGAUAGUUUGUCUCAUAAUAGUGCGUUUAGUUUGGUGAGGCCGAAAAUGGAACCAGGAACACCAUCUCAGACUGCCAGUUCGACAGCUUCCAGCCCAUUAAGCAACUCCAUUCUUCCACCAGCUAUGACGCCAACAGAAGACUUCUCGACAUCGGCAGCGGCAAGUCCACUACAAAGAAUGGCGUCCAUCACAAAUUCCCUUAUCUCACAGCCACCUGUUCAACAGCACCAUUCCACUAGCCAGCGGCCAUUGAAAGCUGUUCUUCCGCCAAUAACACAACAACAAUUCGAUCUAUACAACAAUCUGAACACUGAAGAAAUUGUGAAGAAAGUGAAAGAGCAACUUAGCCAAUACUCCAUUAGCCAAAGGCUUUUUGGAGAGUCUGUAUUAGGAUUAUCUCAAGGCUCCGUCAGUGAUCUCCUAGCACGGCCGAAACCUUGGCAUAUGUUAACCCAGAAAGGGAGAGAACCAUUCAUACGUAUGAAAAUGUUUUUGGAAGAUGACAACGCAGUUCAUAAACUUGUGGCCAGUCAGUACAAAAUUGCUCCAGAGAAAUUGAUGAGAACAGGAGGAUACGGUGGGGCAAAUCCUACGAUCAGCAAACCCUUACCACCCACCCCAAAGAUGCUCAGUGACGCAGCCGGUCUUUUAAAUAAAAUGCACGAAAGUCAAAGCCUUCUUCCGCCUUCUCUUCAAAUGGUAGCAAAUCAAAAUCAUUCCAUCCCUCAUUCCCAUGCCCCCACAAUGCUUCUAACACCACCAGGAAUUCCACCACAACAUCAUAUGACGUUGCAAAGCACCGAGCACAUAAAGAAAACAAACCCCAGCCCUCUAAGCAUAUCACAUUCCUCGCUCACCAAUCAACAAGUCAGUAGCAUCAGAGGUCUUCAUCCCCACAUGUCACCUAGCGUAUACGAAAUGGCAGCACUCACUCAAGACCUGGACACGCAGGUCAUUACCACCAAAAUCAAAGAAGCCCUCUUAGCCAAUAAUAUCGGUCAAAAGAUAUUUGGUGAAGCAGUUUUAGGAUUGUCUCAAGGGUCUGUAAGUGAGCUGCUGUCCAAGCCCAAACCGUGGCAUAUGCUUAGUAUUAAAGGCAGAGAGCCGUUCAUUCGUAUGCAGUUGUGGCUGAAUGAUGCCCACAACGUCGAACGCCUCCAAGCUUUAAAGAACGAACGGCGUGAAGCCAAUAAGAGACGCAGGUCAACGGGUCCAGGAACUCACGACAACAGCUCGGACACUUCUUCUAAUGAUACAUCUGAAUUCUAUCAUUCCAAUUCACCUGGGCCCGGACCUCAGUCUGCUAAAAAGCAGCGCGUUCUUUUCUCUGAAGAACAAAAAGAGGCCCUCAAGCUGGCCUUCGCCUUGGAUCCGUAUCCUAACAUUGCCACCAUCGAGUUUCUAGCGAGCGAACUGGGACUAUCGUGCAGAACCAUAACAAACUGGUUCCACAAUCAUCGCAUGAGGUUGAAGCAGCAAGCGCCUCAUGGAGUUCCUUCGGAUAUACCGCCUCGUGAUCAAAAUUCAAGUCAAGCACCCUUCGACCCAGUCCAAUUUAGACUGUUACUAAACCAAAGAUUAUUAGAGUUAUCGAAAGAGAGGAUGGGUCUUAGCAGUGUACCACUACCAUAUCCACCGUACUUGGCCACAAAUCCAAACUUAGCGGCCUUCUUCAGCAGAGGACUGUUGCCCUCUAACGAACUAGAUCUGUCGGCUUUGAACAAUGCCGUUAAAGACCAGAUGAGUGGAUUAGAUCUCUCCAUGACUUCCCUCAAGAGGGAACCCGACGAUUUUGAAGACGAUGUCGAUAGCAACAUGGGUUCAGAAGAUUCUAACCUUUCGGAAAGUACACCUGAAGGGAUCAAAUCCGAACCCAAAGAAACCCCAUCGCCCAGUUUAGGUAGUAACCAAGGUCGUUCGUCCAGACGGAAGCCUGCCGCACCUCAAUGGGUUAAUCCAGAAUGGCAGGACGAGAAGGAGAAACAACCCACUGGGAACGAAGUGAUUAUAAACGGUGUUUGUGUUAUGCAAACUGAAGAUUAUGGACGACGGAAUUCAGAAGAGACUGUAAGGGUGGAGCCUACCCCUGUUAUGGACAGGUACGACGAUGAUCAAAGUGAUUCUUCGUCGGUAUGUAAUGGAAACGAAAACUCGGAACAAACGGAGAACGAAGUUAGGGUGGAUGAAGCACAAAACGUGAAGCAGACUCCCAGUGAAUGUCCGACCGAAAUCAAACAGGAAACCGAGGAGGAAAGGUGGGACUAUUAAUUGUAAAUUAAAAUUGUUGUAAGUUUGUUUUUAACUAAAGUGAUCAUUAAGUACUAAUAAAUGAAUAAACUUCGAUCGGAAGUGUUUGUUUGAUAAAAAAAAGUGCAAUCACUCGCAGAUAAAAUUAUCCAGUUAUUUAUUGUGAUUUAAGUGAUAAAGAGUGCUACGUCCACAAAAAUUACGUACUUUAUAUUUUUCAAUGUUGCAAGAAAGCUUUUUUAUUUUUAUUUAUGAAAAGUAACAAUUGAAUAGUAAACCAAAUUGUUUUCUAACAGUGAUACGUAUAACUAACGAUAAUUAUUAUUUAUGUUGUGUUAAUGAAAUAAAAGUGUCGGUCGAUUUUUGUGGAGAGGUAGCAAUUUUUUGUUAAAUUUAAGAAUUUCUAAGCCGCGGGCUUAUUUUGUUUUUCUACAUAUUCGUAGUUAUAUAUAAGACUGUUACCAUUUUUAAAAUACUAUGUUAGUAAACUUAAUCGAACAGAUGUGGCUAUUGCAAAGCAAAUGUUUUAAACAUGUGAUAUUGCUUAUUGAUUUUUCGUUUUGUUAAAAAUGUGUGCUUUCCAAAAAAAGAAAAAAUGAAAUGAAAACGAAAGGCCAAAUUUAUGUUAGCCGUAAACUGUUUUUAUCGGACCCACUUUUUUGAUAUUUAAAAAAUGUCUAGGUAUAGUCUUUUUCGUACUUUAGUAUUAUUUCUUUCUUUGUACAUAAAAAAAGUAUGUAUUUACCAAUAAGUAUUUAGGAUUAAAAAAAAAAAACAAGCGCCCCUAAAAAUUACUACGACAA